CACUGUUGUGUUCGUUAUAAAAAAUUGCCGAUUUACUUUUUAAAUAGAUAAUACGUCGUUUGAGUUAAAGUUCACCAAGAAAUGACUUUGCAGACUUAGUAAGAGUAUAUUCGAGUUUUCCUAUCGGGGUUAGCGUCAGAGCUUUUCUGUAGACCGAUCUCGCAGGUAACCGAAACAUUCCGACUGUCCGCAGAAAAGUUUUUUAACGGCAGAUGAUAUACCGAACAAAGGGGUCGAUUUAUUUCCCUAGGUUUUUCAGAUGUAACUCGAGCAACUGAACAAAGCCUUGCUCAUAGUAGCUAUUAUUAUUUCAAAAUGAAUUUACUUCAACGUUGCGUUUUUCAACUUUCAGCGUUGUGUCUAUAUAACUUCACCAUGACCAGCGGAUCUGACCCCUACAUCUUCACCUCCAACACACUGCCCCGUGACUCUCGCUUCCUCCCUCCCUUGGCCAACGGCCUGCUGGGCUGGAGAGUUUACCAUAGCAUCAUGCACAUGGGCAGUGUCUAUAACGGGGAGGGGGGAGACUGCCACCGGGCGGACGUCCCGUGUCCCCUCUCUGUCACCAUGGAGAUGGAAGACCCCGUGCAGCAAAGCUACAGCCUGAACACACACACGGGUGUAUUCACCCACACCAUUAGCACAGCUAUAGCGACUGCCACGCAGUCCUUCUAUGCCCAUCGCUACUACUCCCAGCUUAUGGUCAUGGAGGUCAGCAUAGAGCGCCAGGCCGUGACGAUGGAGCCUGUCACUGUGAAGCUGUCCAGUUCUUUCACACCGCAGAGCAAAGACAUUGAUUUCCAAUCUUCUCCCGACUACAGAGGCGGAAGGCGCAUCCAAGGCCAGACCACUGCCGCCGAGGUCCCCGGAGGCCCCAGGCCCACCGUGGACCUCAUAUGGACCGUCAUGCCUCCAAGCCUGAUCCUGCAGCCUGAGCAGAGCCACUCUCGCUGGGGCUUCCUUCUGGCGCUCGGCAACACCAACCAGAGCACCGAGGCCAGCUUCGAUGAGGGCCUGAGUCUCAUGGCCAGCGGGGACCUGCGUGACUCCCACCAGCAGGCCUGGAAGGAGCUGUGGCUGGACAGCACGGUGGAGCUGGCGGGCUCGGAGACCCUGAGCAAGGCCGUGAUUGGCUGCCUUUUCUACCUGCUGAGUGCCUUCCCCCCCCUCCACGACGUCUCAGGACUGUUUGGCGGGGUCAGUCCUGGAGGUCUGUCUAACGGGGGCAGUGGCCAGGACUACUGGGGUCAUGUUUUCUGGGACCAGGACAUUUGGAUGUAUCCUGCGAUCGCUCUCUUCUAUCCCCGCCUGGCCCGGGCAGUACUGGAGUACAGGGUGCGGACCGUCGAUGGCGCAAAGGAUAACGCACAAAAGCAAGGCUACAAGGGACUAAAGUUCCCCUGGGAGAGCGCCGUGUCUGGGAGAGAGGUGUGCCCCGAGGACAUUUACGGCCAACAAGAGAUCCACAUCAAUGGUGAUGUCAGCCUCGCCUUCCAGCAUUAUCUCUACCUCACACGGGACCUCUCUCUGUUCACAGAGGGCAGGGGCAGUGAGGUGAUCUGGGGCGUGGCUGAUUACUGGGUUUCAAGGGUCACCUGGGAUCAAAAGGACCAGAGCUACCAUCUCUUGGGUGUUAUGCCACCUGAUGAGUAUUAUUACGGUAUCAACGACUCCGUGUACACAAAUACGGUGGCAAAAUCAAGUCUGCAGUUUGCUGUAGAGUUGGCCAGUCUGCUGCAACACCCGGCGCCUCAAGAGUGGCAGAAAGUGGCCGACCACAUGAAAAUACCCUUCGAUCAGAAGGAAAAGUACCACCCUGAAUAUGAUGGAUACAUCAAGGGUGAUCCAGUAAAGCAGGCAGAUGCAGUGAUGCUAGGCUAUCCGUUGGGACUUGCCAUGAGCCCUGAGGUCCGAAGGAACGACCUUGAGGCGUACGAGGCCGUGACGGACCCUGAUGGCCCGGCCAUGACAUGGGGGAUAUUCGCAGUGGGCUGGCUGGAGCUUGGGGAAGCAGAGAAAGCCCAGAAGCUAUUGGAGAAGAGCUUUGAUAACAUCCAAGGUCCAUUCCAGGUAUGGAGUGAAUCCUCUGAUGGCUCUGGGGCAGUGAACUUCCUGACCGGCAUGGGAGGCUUCCUGCAGGCUGUGCUGUUUGGUUACACUGGAUUCAGAAUCCAACCAGAGCGCCUUGAUUUCAAGCCUCUUCUUCCUAAUGGCUUGUCUGAGCUCAUUAUUCGCGGUGUGAGUUACCUGGGCAACAAGAUGGACUGGAUGCUGAGGAAAGAUGAGGUGUGCGUCAUACUGAGGGAACAGUCGACAAGUGUGGAAGAGUCUGCAGCGUGUGCUUUGAAAGUUGUCCUGCAAGGAACAGGACGGAAAAUACCCCUUGUACCAGGAAAGCCUGUGACCUUUCCCAGAGAGGCGGGGCAUAUUUGUCAAAUGGAUUCAACAAUUUCCUGUUGGCCUCUUUGAAAUCUGAGCGAUACUCAGGUUCCUGAAGAUCAUAUGAAUGAAAAGAAUCAUUCUGGUCGUUUUUGUUUGAACAUGGUCAUAUUUCUAUGUGUGUUCAUAUUUCAUUGUGUUAAAUAGAAAGUUAAUAAGUGAAAGAAAAUAGUUGUAAUAACCGUUUGUGUUGAAACAUGAUGACAAUAUUGUAAUUUGGUGAAUUUGUGCAACUAUUUCGUGCUAAAUAAAUAUUAACCAAUGUGCAAUGUAUAAUCAAAAUCAUUUGAUUAUAAUUCGUUAGAUGUAUGUUGUUUGGUUGAGAAUCGGUAAUGGACGCACCUUUAAAUCUACUUUAAACCCCA